AUGCUGGCAAGGACUGGAAACCCCGCGACAAAACAACAAGGAGGGAAGCAGGGCCACAAGACUACUCCCGUCCAGAAGACUACAUCCAAAGGCCCGACCCAAAAGGCUGUACAGCCUUCCGUUGCCACCAAACCUGCCAGUGCUCCAGCACUCGUGAAACGAGCCUCGCUGACCCCAGUUCAACAGCUCGAACAGACGCAAAUCCUCAACAUCCUCCUCGACGAUGCUGGCAAGGACUGGAAACCUCGCGACAAAACCCCCAAACAACCCGUUCACAAGCAUGCUGCGAAGGGAGGCAAGCAAGCGCGAAAGGCCCCCGUGCCACAAAAGACGGGUGCUCAGAAAGCGGCUGUAGUGCAGAACGCUCAAAAGUCUGGCGCGGCCCCUGCCGUGGCUGCGAAGCCCGCUCCUGCCCUGGUGGUCAAGCGCGCGUCGUUGACGCCAGUUCAACAAGCCGAGCAACAGCAAAUCCUCAACAUCUUGAUUGAUGAUGCCGGCAAGGACUGGAAACCCCGCAACACAAGCACUUGGCCCUGGUCUCCCAAGGCCUCGGCUCCUUCGAACUUUUCUACGCAGAAAGCCCAAACUCCCACGAAAACCCAAACUGCCCAAGAGCAAAAGAUGGCGCUUCAAACGACAAAGCACAUCCAGUCGAAAGCCAACCAAAGCCGGGCCAAAUUAGCCACUUAGAGCAUCUCCACAGCAGUAGUGUAGUAUUCGCCUAUUUGAUCGAUACGCACUCCAUUCAUAUUGUACGUACAGUACUUCCUUGUCCACACUGCAGACACGUCGGCGAGUACGAAC